AUAAUACGCGCUCAAACGCAGACGAUCAGUCAUGAACUUGGAAUAGUUGAUUAGUAAGCCCAAAAAGGAAUAACUUAAAGGAAUUGUAGAUGGUCUAGUCUGACCAAGGCUAAAUCCAUGACUGACAAGGACUGCCGAAAUUGAGACUAAAGCGCAUUAUAGACUAAUAAUUAUCUACCGUAUAUUAAUAUGAAUAAGAUCACUUUAUUCAUACAGGAAGUAUACUGUUAAUUGGGAUAUAAUUGUUAAGCAUGUUUAAUGUAGAAUAUUUCUUACCAAUUAUUAUAUUUGUAAUUGUUAUGUUAUUUAGGGAUAAUACCAGUAAUCAGUGUUCCUGGGUUAAAAAUAUAUGUGUGCUUAGAUACGAUACUUUGUUAAUUAAUUAAUCAAAUAUUAUUAAAUUCUUUCAUAUAAUUUUGGUAAAAUAUAAUGCAAUCUAAAAAUAUUUUAAAUAACACUAUCCUUACAAAUAUAUCUAGUGAUUUGUAAAAAUACCUUUAAAUUUUAUAUAUUUUCCUCUACUUGGAACUUACUUUUGAGUGUAAACGUAUGAAGAUUGUCGUUGUUGUCACGUGACAGUCUUCUAACAAAUGCUUCCGUUAAGUUUAAUUUUGUUAGAGACUGAUAUUGCUUAUUUGGCAGGGACGCAUAAUAGACUAUAGACAUCACCUCUGCAGGCAGAGUACCAUUUUCACAAUCUGUCGUUUUCUACUUUUUUUUACAUCACUUUCUUUGGUUUUAAAUUUGUAAUUUCAAGAUGCCAGUCCAUCGACCGAAAUCGGAGGAUGAACAAAAUCUGGUCAAAAAUGGAGGAACACCUAUGAAAAAUGGUCACUCUAAAUCAGUUGUCGUCCCGAUGGAACAGCUUAACGGCGGUGAAAAGCUGGAGCAAGAGACAGACACCGCUGUGGCUGAGGAAUCCUAUGUGGACCCUUGGACAGUAGCAGAAAUUGCAAAUACAUCUAUACCGUGGUCAGAGUUGGAUACGAAGGGCAAGGUGAAGCGAGUGAUUCUGUGGAUUCUAAAGCCGAUAAUGAUUGUCACUUUACUCUACUUCUUUAUCUGUUCAUUGGAUAUCAUGAGUUCUGCCUUCAGACUACUGGGCGGGAAAGCUGCCGGCGAAGCUUUGUCGCACAACGAGCUCCUCAACAAUCCAGUCUGCGGACUUAUGUUGGGAAUUCUUGUCACUGUACUCGUACAGAGCUCCUCAACCUCCACAUCAAUAACUGUAUCCAUGGUGGCUGCUGGAUUGCUACAGGUACAACCAGCCAUCUUUAUCAUCAUGGGAGCUAAUAUCGGAACUUCCGUAACUAACACAAUUGUCUCACUUGCGCAAUCGGGUGACCGAAACGAAUUCCGGCGUGCCUUUGGCGGAGCCACUGUGCAUGACAUGUUCAACUGGCUUGCUGUAUCGAUCUUACUCCCUCUAGAGGUCAUCACUGGAUAUCUUUACCGCUUAACGAACUUAAUCGUAAAAUCCUUCAACAUCCAUACCCAUGAGAACGCUAAAAUCGAACUUCUGAAGGUUUUAACGAAACCGUUUACGAAGAAGAUCGUGCAGGUCGAUACCAAGGUCAUCAGCAAGAUAUCUACAGGUCAAGUUGACGCUGACCAUUCGUCGCUGUUGAAGGUCUGGUGCAAGAAAGCUGAAGUUGCUGUUAUCAGCAACUUAACAGAACCAGCGUCAUUUACAGAGACACGCUAUGACGCGAAUGGGACCCUGGUCGACUCGACGUAUGAGGUGAACAUUACACGGUCUGAGACGGAGUAUGAAAAGGUUGGAGUUGAAAAAUGUAGUUACCUCUUUGCUGACACCGGCCUGUCUGAGAAAGCAGUUGGUGCGAUCCUCCUCUGUGUCUCUUUGUUGAUGUUAUGUGUGUGCUUGGUGAUCCUAGUGAAGACAUUGAAUUCAAUUUUACAAGGCAAGCUUGCUUCUGUUAUCAAAAACACCUUGAACGCGGACUUCCCAGGACGACUGUCGUUCUUGACGGGCUACUUCGCCAUCCUGGUUGGUGCCGCUAUGACUUUUAUUGUACAGAGCAGCUCUGUCUUUACGUCCGCUAUGACGCCAUUGGUUGGAAUGGGAGUAAUCACUCUGGAGAGGAUGUAUCCACUGACUCUAGGCUCGAACAUCGGAACCACAGCAACCGGUUUGCUGGCAGCAUUAGCUAGCACAGGCGGUAAUUUCAGCAAUUCACUACAGAUUGCUCUAUGCCAUCUACUGUUUAAUAUAUCCGCCAUACUUAUUUGGUACCCUGUGCCGUUUAUGCGCAGAAUGCCGGUCUAUUUGGCUAAAUUGCUGGGCAACACGACGGCCGAUUACCGAUGGUUUGCGAUCUUCUAUCUUAUCAUUAUGUUUUUUGUUUUACCUGGGUUUGUAUUCUUGUUAUCCCUGGCGGGAACGGGGGCGUUCAUCGGAGUUGGAUUACCACUGCUUCUUAUUUUCGUUCUCAUAGUUAUCAUCAACAUCAUGCAGGAAAAAUGCCCUCAGUGUUUACCGGCUAAGCUACAGGAUUGGGAAUUCUUGCCGUUGUUUUUGCGAUCCUUAGAUCCAAUUGAUGCGAUUCUUUCGCGCCUUUUUGCGAUGUGUCACGUUUGCCGGUGUUUUACCGGAGAUUACGUCGCUAAAAUUGCCAAACCCCCGAUCUCCUACAGACACUCGACGUGCCGCGUUGAUUACAAAAGCGCGACCAAUAAAGCAUACCUGACUCUGCCAAGUAAAAAAGGAGCCAGACCACCGCACAAGAGAACACGCACAAUGUGAUUGAAUUUUAUGUCAAAAUUUUGUAUAUAAAUAUUUUUUUAAUGAAACCGGCCGUUCUCAUGAUGAUUGUAUAGAAAUAGAAUAGCGGUACAGUACAGAAUAGUAGUAUUUACCUAAGUAUUCUAAAGAAACUGAUGCUCUGGCAGGUCUUGUAGUGACAUAAGGAAUUAGACAGUUUUAACCGCUUUACAUACAAGCUAGGCAUGCAUUUAAGCUGCGGAUGCACAUGGAGUAGCAAAAAAUCUUUACUAGUUAUAAGGCAAGCCCCAUGAUAAAUGCACAUUUAUGUUUGGAAGCAUGGACUGGGGUCCGUUGAAAAUUAUUUACCCCAUUAUCAUCGUCAUAUACGUCAUCAUUAACAUCAUCAUCAUCAUCAUCAGCUUUAUACUUCAUUAAGAUUGUCUUUUAAUACUGCAUGUGUCUAACAAUAAAGAACUUAUUUACCACAUAAGCUUUGAGGGUACCAUCAAUAUCAUGAUGUGAAGUAACAUUAAUAUUAUAUAAACAAAUGCAUAAACACUAAUAAUAACAAUGCUAUUAUAUAUAUAUAUAUAUAUAUAUAUAUAUAUAUAAAUAUAUAUUAAAUUUCUUU